GCUUAAAAAUAAAUCGGAUAAAACAUCGGGUGAGUAAAAAAAAAAUCAUGUAUCACGGUCUUCCGCUUCCCUUUCUGUCUGUUUCCAAAAUUAAACAGAUAAUAAUAGAAAGGUCGCAUUUCCAAAAAAGAAAUCUGUUCAUUCUAAAACCCUAAUCCCAUAAAUCCCCGGCCCCGCCCACAAAACCCCACGAUCACAUCUCAGCGACCUGAUCGAAAGCUGAGGGCAAGGAUGACGAGGAAGUGCUCGCAUUGUGGUAACAAUGGCCACAACUUGCGGACCUGCCCCACUCGAGGAGGAGGAGUGAAGAUCUUUGGGGUGAGGCUUGAUGGGGGAGGAUCGUCGUUUCGAAAGUGCUCAAGCAUGGUGAAUCUCUCCCAUCACAGCGGCGGAGGAUCGGUGGCCGGCGACGAGAGAGAGAAGGAUGGGUACGCUUCCGAGGGUUUUGCUGCUAAGGGGCCCAGAGAGAGGAAGAAAGGUGUGGCAUGGACAGAAGAAGAACACAAGAUGUUCCUCCUUGGACUUCGGAAACUAGGCAAAGGUGAUUGGAGAGGUAUUGCACGCAACUUCGUGGUCUCAAGGACAUCUACUCAAGUUGCCAGCCAUGCUCAAAAAUACUUUAUUCGUCAGAUGAAUGUGCACAAAAGAAAGAAAAGAACCAGCUUGUUUGAUUUGAUGCCCAAUGAACUUGAAGCACAAAACAGCAAUCCAGCUGCAGCGCCUUUACCCCUUCUGGAAGCAGAACAUGAGUCAACUAGUUCCAAUUCUAACAAUCCAGUUCCUGCACCUUCACCUGGUGAAGUAGAAAGAGCUAUUCCAAAGCCUGGAACUAUGCCGCUUCCUUAUGUAGUGGUACCCUGCUCGCCAUUCUUUCCAUUUUCGUAUCCAAUGUGGGGUUGCUACGGGGCAGAUGUUAUGGCAAACAGUAUGCACUCGGUUGUUAAACCCACCGCAGUACAUUCUGCAGUACCGAUUAAUGUUGGUGAUGUGCCGAGCAUUUCAAAACUGAGCCUUGGUGGUGAACCAGCUGGUCAAAUGAGUUUUGGAAGUUCUGAAAGGAUUUCUGCAUUCCAUAGAAAUAAUCCUACAAAUGGUUCUGGGUCGAGUUCGAGUCCAAUCCAAGCUGCAUAGAGAUGGCAUCAACUUUGAAGGGCUUGGAAGGCAUUCUUGUGCCUGGUUCAGUUUUUUCGGUUGAGAUAUUUUGAAUCAGUAGUUUCUAACUGCGGUCCUGUUUAUGGAAGUGACAUGAAUUCUUUCUUUUUAAGAAUAAGAACAUGUUACUAAAUUUUGUUGAAUGAUAAAUCCAGAUAAAACACUUCUGACAGUGUCAAUCCCUCCAAUUUUGUUUUCUUUUUUCUUUUUAUCGGAGAGGAAUUAAGAAUGUAUCAUAUUAUUAUUUGUCUAAUGAAAUAUCAUUUUUCUUGAAUUUGUUGUCUA